AUGUGUGUGAUAUAUAUAUAUAUAUUAGAACCAUCCUGGAGCCUUAGAAGAGGAGCAAGCUCUACAAUUGGAUACCGUUUAUUCUUGAUGCAGCAUUUUUUGUUUGCGUGUGUUUUAUGUGCUUUUCUGUCUUUUCGGCUCACCAAGCGAAAACGGGCAUGGGUGCGAGCUCGGCUUGGAAGCUGGUCUGGUGGUGGAUUGGUUCUAGGAACGAAACAGAAGCACGCGACCCAAACUCGGCUGAAGCAUGGCCCACAGGCCUUCCCAGCGGAGGAGGUAGCCGACUAUCCUUUGAAGAACCUGGAUUUUGUGGAGCUGGAGCUUCGGCAGAUCCAUCAGAAGAGCCGCAGCCAGAGCCGCUUCUUCCCUACACUGGCCCACUACUUCGAACAGCUCGGUGUGCAGAGGCGGUUGUCUCCGGAGCCUGUAUUGGAUUUGCUCCGAUCCUUGCGAGAGGGCUCCGAUGGUUUGAGCCUUGCAACUGCUGCUGUGGCCAGUCUUCGAGAGGCUUAUGGUUUGAAUAUGUGUCCCGUUGACUUGCUGGUGCACUUUCAAGAGGAGCCCUUGCUCCUGGUCCCUCGGCAGGCACCCACGAAGAAGGCCAAGAAUUGGCUCAGGAGUGCGGACUGCAUGUGGUACAACGUCCCCAGCUGUGAAGAGGUUGGCUGCCCUGCCGUGGAGGGAAGUGGCUGGAGUGGUGACUUCGAGGAAUUCUUCCUGGAAGUCUUGGGAGUUCCCGCGCUGCAAGCCGAUGAGGUGGCCGCACGGCUGGAUGUGCUGCGCCGCAAGAAUUCCCAAACGGAUGAGAGGAGCCCGUUCAGAGCGGAUGGUCGUUCGGGCGAAGAGGUGGAGUCGGUGGUGCGCUUGGUUGUGGGAGGGCAACGCCCACAUUGGAAAUGGGAUGCGGCGGCGCAUGGGAAAGCUAGGUCCAGUGCUUCCUUCUAUCCUUCGAGCGGGGUUGUGGGUUCCAAGACUCAAUCCUUCGUGGUGGAUUCACCCUGGACACGAAAGCCCAGGGAGAGCGCACGAGAUGGGGAGGAGCACGGCGUUUUGGCAGGGAUGGGCGCGGAGCGGCCUUCCAGCCGAGAGCGGCGGCAUCGAUCCAGUUGGCAUGCGGCCUUGAACAAACGCCUGGUGGCCAUGGAAGAUGUGGAGGAGCUACUGUGCACUGCAGACGAGAUGCUCACAGGAAUGGACAUGCUGAACACCAUCACGGUGCUGAAUAAGCUGUCGCGCUUGAAGGGUGCAGCGAAGUUACAUCAUGACCCCCGGGUGCUGGAGAUCCUCUACCGCAUCGAAUCCUGGCUGUCGCACGCCAACACCCCGGGUGCCGCUGAAAUGGUGGGCCCUGAGAUUGUGCAUGCCAGGCAUUUGGCGAGCAUUACAACUGCGCUGGCGCGGUUGCAAUGGAAGGACUCCACUCCUGGACGCUUGUUGCGUGUCAUUGCCUCGAUUGCUCCUCCACUCUUGACCUCCGCCCGCGCGCGGGACCUCUCAAACCUGGCCUGGGCCUUUGCCACGUUGGAUCUGCGGAAGUUUGAUUCGGUCUUGAUGGCCAUCGCCCGGGAAGCCGUGGUUCAGAUUUCGGACUUCACCGAGCAAAACCUCUCCAACACCUGCUGGGCCUUCGCGAAGAUUGGUCUCCGCCACGACCCCUUGAUCAAGGCCAUCGCAGAUGAGACGCUUCGGAAGCUGGGGCAGUUCUCGCCCCAGGGUCUGGUCAACACGUUGUGGGGCUUUGCAACGCUUGUGAUCAAGGGUGAGGAGUGUUUGGGGAAAUCCAGCUGGCAGCUCAUCAACGCCUUGUUGGAAGAGAUCAUCCGGCGCCUUCCGGAUUGUACUACUCAAGAGCUGAGCAACUCCUCUUGGGCCUGUUGCCGUUUGGGCGUCCGGCACGACGGCUUUUUGGCGGCGGUGGCCUCGGAGGGCCUGAAGAAAGUGGCGGGAUACACCUGUCAAGACCUGGCCAACACCGCCAUGGCGUUUGCAAAGCCCAACGUCUACCACGAGCACUUCCUGCAGGCACUCGCACACCAUGCUGGCAGAAAGAUGAGACAAUUUGAGGCCAGAGAGGUCUCGAAUGCUCUUUGGUCCUUCACGAUCUUCAAUAGAGACCUGGUGGGGCCCGAUUGGCUGGACCAUGCCUUGGAACACUUCUUGGAGCUGGUGCAGAAGCGGCAUUAUGAGGGUUGGGAGCUGGUGCAGGUGGUGAACGCCUGUUGGAGCUUCCGACAUCAGCUCCGCCACUGGAGCAGCUUGGAGAAGACCUUCCAUGACCGGGUCUUCACACGUGUGGUUGGUGCCUUGGAUGCCAUCAUUGGUCGAGAUCAAGGGCUACUGGGCAUGUCGGAACCGCUGGAGGCCCCUGUGGCUCCCGCCCCGUCCAAGCUGCUGAACGCCGGUCCCGCCACCCACGGGCACCUCGCUGGAAGCGUCCCGGAACGGCUCUCGCCACUGGAAGCUGCGCGGCGGAGUGCUCAGCGGCUCAUUGACGAGCUGCAGGUGGACUUCCUGGGUCCGAUCUUCACCCGCGUGGCCAUGCGUGAUUUGGGCUUCAUCGAUCCCCGCGACCGGCGUCAACUGUGCGCCUUCGCACGAGCGCCCACGGUGGGCGGGCCGGACUCGUCCACGGGCUCGCCCGGAUGGGGCGACGUCGCAAGGGAGGCCGUGGCCGAAACCUUGGCCCAGAUCCGGCAGGAGCUGGGCUUUAUGUGGUUUGAUCGCUUUGGGCCACACGAGCGGAGAGUGAUCUCCUGGAUUUCAUUUGAGCUAAAAGUGGAGAUCAGCUCUGAAGCCUCCAAUGUGCCAUGCAUGGAGACUCUCAGUGAGCGUGGGCGCAUUUGUUCCUUCAGUCUCGAUGAGCAUCGAGCCAUGGACAAGCGUGGCUUGGAGACCUUUGCAAGGCUGGAGGCGCAGUGGAAAGGUGAGGUGCUUUUCACGCUUCAAGAUGUUCGAAAAGGACAAGAAUGGCUGCAGGGGCUUUUUGCCCAGCAUGACCGUGCAGGACAUACUGAGCGGCAGGCAUUGCUAGAGAUCAUUCUGGAGAUCAUCAGUGCCAUCCGUCGCUUGGAACGGAAGAGCCAUCGUGGCAACAUGGCACAGCGGGAGAGCAGCAUCGAAUUGGGCCUGUUCGAUGGGUCCUUAGGUGCUCGGGUCAGUGGAGAGAUGCUUGGCGAAAGAAGGCGCGCAGAGUGGGGACUCUUUGCACUCGAGGUUUGA